AUGCCUGCUGGAGUAUCUUGGCCUACGUAUUUAAAAUUUUUCGCCGCCGCUAUGUUAUCAAUGAUGGCCGGUUCACAAGUUGUCCAUAUGUAUUACAGACCUUUAGAUGACAUGAACGAAUUAAUUGAAGCAGAAAUUCGUAAAAAGAAACUGGCCGAAUCAGCAAUUAGUCCAUGAUCGUGAUAUUCUUUAAAUAUCUAUUGGGAUUCUAAUAUUUUUUUGUUAAUUUCAUUGUUAUAAUAUGAAUUUUGUUUAUAUUUAUGUUUUCUUUAGUAACAUAUUUAGAUCUCAAUGUAUUUUAUGGAAAUUGAAC